AUGAAGCUGAGCCUGUGUCUUCUGAUCAUUCUGGCUGUUUGUUCCUAUGAAGCUAAUGCCACUCAGAUCUGCGAAGCUGUUGCUCAUGAAAGCAUAAGCUUUUUACUAAAGAAUGAGAUAGAUCUGAAGAAUGAACUUGAGAUGUAUAAUGCAACUUCAGCAGCUGUUGAAGCAAAACUGGAAGUGAAGAGCUGUGUGGACAAGAUGAGCUAUGAAGACAGAUUUACGGUAGCAGAAACAUUGGCACAUAUUUUCCUGGACUGUGGUGUGAAAGGAUGGGUAGAUACAUAUUAUCCUGAGCUCAAUUUCUAG